CAACACAUACUGCAAGAAGUUAAAUCUGAAUUUCUAUGUAAAAUUUAAAGCAAUAAUUAACUUGAAUUUAACAUUAUAAUUGGAGUUAGGUGAAGUGCGGUGCUCUGCUUAUCCCUAGUGCGACUUCCACUCCCUCAGUCCCACUACCACCAGUUAGAGGAAAACAAUGUUGUUAGUGCUUUAUAUUAAGGGAGAAGAAAAGUAUAGUAAAUGCAAACAAGGAGAAAAAUAAAAAAUAAAAAGAGAGAUCUACCAUGAGGCCGAUCCUCCUCCAUAUCAGCUGCCUCCUUUUCUUUACCAUCCUUGCCUUUCUCGGUAACUGCAGUUUUUGCUCGUUUGCUGAUGCACACACAACCUGCAAUGGAUCAAUAGCAGAGUGCUAUGAAGAAGGUGAGAUGCUUAUGGAAUCUGAAAUAAGCCGGAGGUUUCUUGAACAGCAGAAAUACAUAUCAUAUGGAGCACUAGAUAAAGACCGACCUGUUUGUGAUGGUGAGGGGGGUGAAGCAUAUAGCAAAGGCGGCUGUCAACCAGGACAGUCCAAUCCUCCAGACAGAGGGUGCUCCAAAUACUAUCAGUGUAGGUCUGGGUGAAGACUGUUAUACCUAUUUUGCGUUUGCUUAGUGAUAAUUAUAAUUCUACUUAAAAGAGUAAUAGAAAAUUUUUAUCUUC